GUUUGCAGCAGUAUGGUGGAGCCAGAGGAGCGGCCCUCAGUGGCGGGCCAGAGGCUUGGGGCCCCUGAGAGCAUGGGCAUCAGUACGCUGGAGCCAGGUCAGAGGCCCCCCACCAUGCCCCCCGGCAGACAGGUCUCCAUCCGGGUCAAGAUGCUGGAUGACACUCAGGAAGUCUUUGCGGUCUCGCAACGGGCUCCAGGGAAGGUGCUGUUUGACCUGGUUUGUGCUCACCUGAACCUCAUCGAGGGCGAUUACUUCAGUUUGGAGUUUCAGGACCAGCAUAAAAUGACCGUGUGGCUGGAUCUGCUGAAGCCGAUCCUAAAGCAAAUCAGACGACCCAAGAACACCAUCCUGCGCUUCGUGGUGAAGUUCUUCCCUCCCGAUCACACGCAGCUGCUAGAGGAGCUGACCAGGUAUCUUUUCGCCUUGCAGAUCAAGCAUGACCUGGCCUGUGGAGAUUUGACCUGCAAUGAAAGCAGCGCCGCCCUGCUGGUGUCUCAUAUAGUGCAAUCUGAGAUUGGAGACUUUGAAGAGGUGCAGUGCAAACAACAUCUACUCAACAACAAGUACAUUCCCGAGCAGGACGCACUGAUGGACAAGAUCAUUGAAUACCAUCAGAAACACGUUGGGCAAACACCAGCUGAAUCGGACUACCAGCUUUUGGAGAUCGCACGAAGACUCGAGAUGUACGGAGUGCGUCUUCACCCCGCAAAAGAUCGCGAGGGUACGAAGCUCAGCCUCGCCGUGGCCCAUUCUGGUGUGCUAGUCUUUCAGGGACACACCAAAAUAAAUGCUUUCAACUGGUCUAAAGUCCGCAAGCUGAGCUUCAAAAGGAAGCGCUUUCUCAUAAAACUACGACCUGACUUAAAUAGUAACUGUCAGGAUACUCUGGAGUUUAUGAUGGGAAGCAGGGACUGCUGCAAGGUGUUUUGGAAGAUUUGUGUGGAGUAUCAUGCCUUUUUCCGCCUGUUCGAAGAACCUAAACCCAAGCCCAAACCGGUUUUGUUCACCAGGGGUUCUUCUUUCAGGUUCAGUGGCCGCACACAAAGGCAGGUGAUUGAUUAUGUAAAGGACUCUGAAUUCAAAAAGGUUCCUUUUGAAAGAAAACACAGUAAAAUCCUGUCCAACAGCGGUCUUUCUCCAUUCCCACCCAGGCUGUGUGUCGAGGGUCAAGGAGAGCAGAGGAAUGCCAGUGCUUCAGGACACCAGGCGGACUCACCUGUUGGGCGCACCCAAGUGACUGUUGAAAACCCGGCUCUCCAGCAUUACACUGGGAGCCUAACCUCACAGACCAACGGAUGCCGAAACGGGACCCACGACGAGGCGGAUGCUCGAUUAAAGCCAUCCCCAUCCAAGCAGCAGGCCGAGCAUCUGAGCACAGGUCUAGCAUUGCAUGCUGCCAAGGGUAGCAGCUCCUCGAUACCUUACAUUGACUGCAGUGACGUAGAUAGCGAAUAUGAUGUGGUCAAAGGCCGUGUCACUAGGUCUCACUCCCACACACAUGACAAUGAUGAGGUUGAGCCAAACGGCCGUAGUGCGGGCAAGAGUAAUGGUUAUGGAAAUGGUCAGCACAAUGGACAAGGAGCAAGCAAGUCUAGAUUCCGGGAGUCUCCUUUGACCAGCCAUCGGUUGGGUCAGAGUUCAGAUACCUUCAACGGUAGUCAAUUGUCUAAUGGGUCGUUUUGUGGUAACGGAUCACCACGUGCUCUACCCCUGAGUAGUACCUUGGUGGAUGAAUUGUUUCAAGGUAUGGACAGACGUGGUCUGGUGUCACCUUCAGGUCAUCUAGUUGGUUCCCGGAGUGCAAACUGCAGCCCAGUGAUGAGCAGUUUUCACAAAACCAACUCCCUGAACCAUCCAGAGCAGAUCGGCUAUAGCGGUCGUCGCCGUUGGGAUGACGGUAGUCAUUACCUUACAAAUGGCCGAUCUGGGAGUGAGCCUCAACAUUAUGGGAGCUACUCCCCACUUGUUAAUCGAUCCCCACACUUGCAUAAACUCCAAAACGGCAUGCGCAACCGUUCCGACACUGAUCCCAUGAUUUUGAGCCAGUUAAGUUCAACCCCGGCCAAUAAACCUCGAUCAGUUGUCUCAAGGGCUGAACGUAUGGCCGCCCUUGAGCGCCGUGUGGCUGCUAAUGGGCUUGGAGCGUCUAGCCAAGCUCAAUCCAGCAAUGUCCAGAGGCUCUAUGGAAGCCGGGUGAGUGCUAAUGACCAUAGUAGCCCAGUCCAUAUGAUUGAUGGUUCCACUAGUAGUGGAACGGAGUCUAGUGAUACCGAGUCAGAUGCAGGAACCAACUCUUACAGUCAGCCCCUAGUCUUUGGAAACCCUGGAGCAGCCAAUUCCUCCCCUAUGCCCCGAAGCAAGUUCUCAUUUGGCAGUCUCCAACUGGAGGAUGAGGGACAAGGGGGAGACAAUGGCUACAGUUAUCCCAUCAAUGAAGAGGAUGGGGGGCAAUUCUUCAACUGUCCAGUUUCCAGGAGCCCUCAGCACAGCGAGUCUCCGUCUGCAGGCCAGGUGAUGGUGAAUGGCCAGAAACAGAGUCUCAGCCUGGGCCAAAGUCCAGACGGACGGCAGCCUUCGCCUCUCACCAGCCCCUUACUGACGGAUGCCGGCUUCGUCCGCACAGAUGACGAGGACGAGGUUCGGAGGAAGAGGUUCCCGGCUGAUAAAGCAUACUUCAUCGCCAAAGAGCUCCUGACCACAGAGAGGACGUAUCUGAAGGAUCUGGAGGUCAUUACCGUGUCCUUUCAGAAGUCCGUAGGGAAGGACGAAGCCAUGCCGGACUCCUUGAGGAAUCUCAUAUUUGCCAAUUUUGAGCCAGUGUAUAAAUUCCACGAGACGUUCCUGAAGGACGUGGAUCAGCGUCUGGCUCAGUGGGAAGGUAGAUCUAAUGCACACAUCAAAGGAGACUACCAGCGCGUUGGAGACGUCAUGCUGAAGAAUAUCCAAGGUUUGAAGCUGCUCACGGCUCACCUUCAGAAGCAUUCGGAGGCGCUGCUGGAGCUGGAGCAGACGUGUCGCUCGUCCCGGAGGCUGGAGGGUCUGUGUCGAGACUUCGAGCUGCAGAAGGUGUGUUACCUGCCGCUCAACAUCUUCUUCCUGCGGCCGCUGCACCGCCUCAUGCACUACAAGCAGAUCCUGGAGCGCCUGUGCAAACACUAUCCACCAACACAUGACGACUUCAGAGACUCGCGAGCUGCGCUUGCGGAUAUUUCUGAGAUGGUCGUGCAGCUUCACGGCACCCUCAUCAAGAUGGAGAACUUCCAGAAGCUUCUCGAGCUCAAGAAAGACCUCACUGGCGUCGACAAUCUCGCCAUUCCUGGACGGGAGUUUAUCAGGCUUGGUUGUCUCAGCAGACUCUCUGGAAAAGGUCUACAGCAGAGAAUGUUCUUCCUGUUCAAUGAUGUUCUGAUGUACACGAGUCGAGGGAUGACGGCCUCCAAUCAGUUCAAAAUGCACGGCCAGCUUCCUCUGUACGGCAUGACGGUGGGUAAUAUUUUUUGGCAGGAGUUUAUCAGGCUUGGUUGUCUCAGCAGACUCUCUGGAAAAGGUCUACAGCAGAGAAUGUUCUUCCUGUUCAAUGAUGUUCUGAUGUACACGAGUCGAGGGAUGACGGCCUCCAAUCAGUUCAAAAUGCACGGCCAGCUUCCUCUGUACGGCAUGACGAUCCGUGAGAGUGAGGACGAGUGGGGCGUCCCGCAUUCCUUCACUCUGUUUGGACAGAGACAGUCCGUCGUCGUGGCCGCCAGCUCAGCGUCUGAGAUGGAGAAGUGGCUGGAGGACAUCAAGAUGGCCAUUGAACUGGCAGACAAAUGCAACGACUCCUCGGCUGAGAUCCUGUCCAGCAGUUUCACUGACAGCAAGUCCCCUGAGGAAUCUAGCGCCGACCAGGAGUCAGAAGACGACCUGAGCGCCUCGCGGACGUCUCUGGAGCGGCAGACGCCUCACCGUGGUAAUACCACGGUUCACGUGUGCUGGCAUCGCAACAGCAGCGUGUCCAUGGUGGAUUUUAGCGUAGCGUUAGAGAAUCAGCUCUCUGGGAAUCUGCUGAGAAAGUUCAAAAACAGCAACGGCUGGCAGAAGUUAUGGGUGGUCUUCACCAACUUCAGUCUGUUCUUCUACAAAACACACCAGGAUGAGUUUCCUCUGGCCAGCCUUCCUCUGCUGGGAUACUCCAUCACCAUUCCCUCAGAGUCCGAGAACAUCCACAAAGACUACGUCUUCAAGCUUCAUUUCAAAUCACACGUCUACUAUUUCAGAUCUGAGAGCGAGUACACCUUUGAGAGGUGGAUGGAGGUGAUCCGCAGCACCACCUGCUCAUCCAGUCACAUCCGCUCUCUGAGCCGCAAAGAGCCACACGUCUACUGACCAAAGACCGUUCUCAAUCAGGUCCUCUCUACACACUUUAAUACGGUUCUUAUGGAAGUUUUUCGUGUGCUAUAUCAUUGUUUCACUUUAUUGGAAAAUUGAGAAGGCUUUUAGGGAUUGAGAUGGAGGUCAGUGCCAGAAACAUCAGGUCAAAGCCAAACCCUUCCAGAUCUACAGUUCCUUUCAGUGUGCAAAGACACAGUCCUCGUUCAUGAAAUGCAGGAGCUAAUUAGUGUAAAUGUACAAGAAAGCUUUAAGGAAUGCUUUAUUGAAUUGAAUGCAAUGGUUAUGUUGAAUGCGAUGAUUUGUUCUUAUGAAUGUUUUAUUGAUGUGUACGUGAGAGUGUUUUUUAAAUGCUUUAUUGGAUGCUAUGGUGUACACGAGACUGGUUUUCUGGAACUGAAUGCGAGGGUUUAAUCUGAGAAAGCUUUUGUGAACAGUUUACAUAUGAAUCUGUUCUGCUGGUGUUUCAUGAAUGAGGCCCGAUGCCUGUAAACUCUGUCAAUCAGACGUUCAUCUCUGGACUGUUUUUAAAUGUAGUAACACUACAGCUUUUAUUACUGACUUCUGGUCUGAUGUUUAUAAAGGGGUAAUGCUUUCUGUCUACAUCUCAGUGAUAAAAAAAAAGUGCAGGUCAAAAUUCACCCCAAAAGUAAUGGGGGGGGGUCAUAUGAUGUUGCUAAAAAAACAUAAUGUUGUGUAUUUGGUGUA